AUGGAGCCGGCGGUGUUGGCUCCGCACCACCUUCCGCACCACGAACCCAUCAGCUUCGGCAUUGAUCAGAUCCUGAGCGGUCCCGAACCCCCGGGGGGCGGUCUGGGCCAGGGUCAGGCGGGCCAGAGCCACGGGGAGAAUGCAACGUUCUCGGGUGGAUUCCACGGAGCCUCCGGCUACGCUCCGGCCGGCUCAUUGGCCCCAUUGCCCAGAGGCUCGGGAGUGGGCCCGGGCGGCGUGAUCCGUGUCCCCGCUCACCGCCCGCUGCCGGUGCCGCCGCCCUCGGGUGCGGCCCCCGCGGUGCCCGGACCCUCGGGUUUGGGCGGCGCCGGGGGCCUAGCGGGACUCACCUUCCCCUGGAUGGACAGCAGCCGCCGCUUUGCUAAGGACAGGCUUACGGCUGCGCUUUCGCCCUUCUCUGGGACACGUCGCAUAGGCCACCCCUACCAAAACCGGACCCCCCCGAAGCGCAAGAAGCCGCGCACCUCCUUUUCCCGCUCGCAGGUGCUGGAGCUGGAGCGCCGCUUCCUGCGCCAGAAGUACCUGGCCUCGGCAGAGAGGGCGGCGCUGGCCAAGGCCCUGCGCAUGACCGACGCGCAGGUCAAGACCUGGUUCCAGAAUCGACGCACCAAGUGGCGGCGCCAGACGGCGGAGGAGCGCGAGGCGGAGCGGCACCGUGCGGGUCGCCUGCUGUUGCACCUGCAGCAGGACGCACUGCCCCGGCCGCUGCGGCCGCCGCUGCCCCCAGACCCGCUCUGCCUGCACAACUCUUCGCUCUUCGCGCUGCAGAAUCUGCAGCCCUGGGCUGAGGACAACAAGGUGGCUUCGGUGUCCGGACUCGCCUCGGUGGUGUGAGCGACCCCUACCCAAGGAGCGCCACCGCGGCUGUGUGCGGUGCCGCCAGCGGAGCGUGCAGAGCAGAAGGCCUGCGACUGUCCUCCGAGGCUCCUCGGCCACCAAGCGGCCCCUGUCCUGCACUUUGACUCUGCCCUUCCACUGAAUUUUGGACCCGCUGGAACCUGGGUCGCGAGGGCAACCUGCAGGAUGUAGUAAAUGGGGCACGGA